UCUUCCCAUUUGUCAUUCGUUGACUGUUUCGUUUUUUUUUUACCUCGACCCGCACAAAAAUGGCCAAUUUAGUCGCCCGAUUAACGGUUAAAACAGGCGCACUAAUCACACAACGCACCAGCGUGGGCGUGGCCGUGUGCAGAUAUGCCAAAUACUCAAGUGGACCGGCGAAUCCAGGCGGUUUUAGCAAACAAACGCGUCGGUUGUUUUCGCUGUUGGGCGGCAGUGCAAUUUCCGUGGCCGCCGUCAUUGCAAUUAUAAAACUGCGUGCGCUGGAUAAUCCCGUGAAUGCAGUGAGCCUGAAGAAACGCAUGCGCGAUGAUAGCGAACUGGAGAACGUAAAGCUGACGGCACGCGAGCGUCGCUUCAUCAAAUUUGCCUCCGUGGAGUACGAUGAUCAGUUGUACAUGACGCCCCAGGAUUUUCUAGAGUCUGUCGUGGAACAAGAGCCCAGACCUCGUUUAAAGCGCCGCCAGCUAUCCAGCGUUGAGGUGGACAAAUACAAGGAAAAUACACCCGCAUUGAAGAAGGGCUCCACACGUCUGUUUCGGAAUUUGAGGGAUAAGGGCAUUGUCUCCUACACGGAAUACCUGUUCUUGCUCUCCAUUCUCACAAAACCCAAAUCUGGAUUUCGCAUUGCCUUCAACAUGUUCGACACGGACGGCAAUCAGCGCGUGGACAAAGACGAAUUUCUAGUGAUAGUUUCCAUUUUGGCGGGCGCCUUUAAAGAGAAUCAAAAUGUUGAUCCCCAAACCAAGCGAAUUCUAUCGCGUUUAGUGUCCUAUGAUGAGCAAAGAGACAUGCAGAAUAGCCGUAUGCCCAUGGCUAAGAAGGGUCUUAUGGAGCGCAUUUUCAGCGGUGCUUGGAAGGAGAAGCACGGCGAGCAAGAGUCCCAGGAGCUCGAGCAUGAAGUGCCACCCAUGGAGAAGGACUAUGUAAACGAUGGCGAGGGACUGCAACGUCGUCAUGUGGUGCCCACCACCUUGCAGCUGCACUUCUUUGGCAAACGCGGCACUGGCGUCAUCAACUAUGACAAUUUCUAUCGCUUCAUGGACAAUCUGCAGACUGAGGUGCUGGAGCUGGAGUUCCAUGAGUUCUCCAAGGGCAACAGCAUCAUCAGUGAGCUGGACUUUGCCAAGAUUCUGUUGCGUUACACGUAUCUGGCCACCGAUGAGUAUGAUGUCUUUCUGGAGCGCCUGUUGGAGCGGGUGAAGGAUGAAAAGGGCAUAACCUUUCAUGACUUUCGUGACUUUUGUCAUUUUCUCAACAAUUUGGAUGAUUUUACAAUUGCCAUGCGGAUGUAUACACUGGCAGACAGGGCCAUAUCAAAGGAAGAAUUCUCGCGCGCUGUCAAAAUCUGCACGGGCUAUAGCCUCAGUCAGCAUUUGAUUGACACUGUCUUUGCCAUAUUCGAUGCCGAUGGCGAUGGUUUGUUGUCCUACAAGGAGUUUAUUGCCAUAAUGAAGGAUCGCCUGCAUCGCGGCUUCAAAGUAAGUGGUCGUUUCUUUGAUUACAACGAGGCUCUGGAUGCCUAUGACGAGCCCGAUUAUCCCAUAUUUGUGGCCUGGCGACAUCGCGUCUGCAGGCACUUGGACUACUUCAUUGACAGCGAUGCGCUGUGGCACUAAAUUAGCUUAAUAAAAUCACUCGUUUUAAUUGUGUUUUUUUUUCAUUAAACUCGAAUGUCCUGCCCUCUCUAA